AUGGCGCAAGAGGCCGUCUUCCUCGCCGUCUUACUCGUCACCGGAGCGUACCUCGCCUGGUCCCUCGCCGAGUCCUUGUCGGUCCGCACCGCCGGCCGCGCCCUUACACCCUACGCCGCGUCCUGCUCCUCGCCUCUGUGGCUCGCCGUCCUUCUCGUUCCGGUCCUGCUCGUGUCGCGGGAGCGGUAUAGUCUGCUACGUAAGACGCGCAUCCACAAGACCCAGCCGGCGCCCGUCUUCCCGCACCGCGACGCGGUUCUGGGCACUGACUGGGUGCGGCUGGUGAAGACGUCGCUGCAAACCAACUCGCUGCUCGAGACAUGGCACGGGCUCUUUAUGAACUCGGUCGGCAGCACCUUUUGGGUCAACGCACUCGGCAGCUGGGUGCUUAUGACGUGCGACCCAGAGAACGUCAAGGCGGUCCUGGCCGACCAGUUCGAGGCCUGGCCUAUCGCCGGGAUGCGGCAACGGGCCCUGUCGCUCGUCCUCGGCCCGCACGCCAUCUUCUCCACCAACGCCGACCAGUGGGCCCGCGCCCGGGCACUGAUCCGGCCGAGCUUCGUGCGCAACCAGAUCGCCGACCUUGAGUGCAUGGACCGGCAUGUUGAGAACUUGCUGGCGAAGCUAUUGCCACCGCGUGGCCGAGGAGAAAAGGUGGACCUCCAGGUGCUCUUCUAUAUGUUUACUAUGGAUAUGUCGACCGACUUCAUGUUUGGCCACUCGAUACACAUGCUCGUUAGCCCGAGCAAAGAAGCCGUCGAGUUUACCAAGGCUUUUGACUACGCCCUCCUCUCCGCCACUAGCCGCGCCCGCAUGGGAUGGCUGCUGACGCUGCUGCCGGAUAAGAGGCUCGACGAGUCCGUGGCCCGGUGCCGGACCUUUAUUAGCCGUCAUGUGGCGGCAGCGCUGGCGCAGGAUAAGGUCAAGGAACGGCCGUAUGUCUUUAUGAACGAGCUGCUCGACUCGGGCGCCACGCACGAGCAGAUAACAGACCAGCUGCUGGCCAUGAUCCUGGGCGGCCGCGAUACGAGCGCCAGCACUCUGAGCAGCCUGUUCUGGAAGCUCGCGCGGCGGCCCGAGGUAGUGCGCAGCCUCCGAAGCGAGCUGGCCGGGCUAGAUGGGAGACGGCCGACGUGGGAAGACCUCAAGGGGCUCAAGUAUCUCAACAACGUGCUCAAGGAAGCCCUGAGGCUCUGGCCCCCUGUUCCCUCCAAUAUGCGGACCGCUAGCAGGGACAUGAUCCUCCCUCGGGGCGGCGGCCCUGACGGCAAGUCCCCUCUUUUCGUCCCCAAGGGCACGGAAUGCCGCUAUAGCACCUAUAGCCUGCAGCGCCGCAAGGACAUUUACGGCGAGGAUGCAGAAGAGUUUCGCCCCGAGCGGUGGGAGACGCUCCGAACGUCCUGGGAGUACGUGCCAUUCAGCGGAGGCCCGCGAAUCUGCAUCGGCCAGCAGUUCGCGCUAACCAUGAUGUCCUACCUCACGGCGCGCUUCUUCCAGGUAUUUGAUAAGAUGGAAGGUGGGGACGAACUUCCGAUGGCGCAAAUGGCGAGCUCGACCAUCAGUCUGGUCAAUGGAUGUUGGGUGAGCCUGACGCCGGCCUCAGGCUACCGCUGUGACGCGGCCGUGAAGCAGAUCUGA